CGUAAAAUACCGGGAGGCGACACGAGAUGCACAACCGCGUCGGAUGAUUGCCUCAGCUCGGGCACGAGUGCUGAGACCUCACGCGCUGCAUGGCGAGGGACUUCCCAUGAGGUCAAAGCGGCGCAGGUCAUGCAAAAGGACGCGUUCGCUGUUUGGUCCAAAAAAUUUGAAAACUCAAUAAAAUUAUCCUGCACACAACGAAUCCAGUGUCAGCAGUUCGUUUUGUUUUUCUAAGUAAUAAUACUUUGUGCCUUGGCCUUCGAAGUAAAGGAUGAUGGAGCUUGACAGAGAUGACUGCCAAAGUGAUGAGUCCACCGUGGAAGAUGUAGAUGACGCCACGUAUUCACUUGGUGACCUGAGUUGUGGGGAUGUUCAGCUGUGGGCUACAGAUCGAUGUAAGAGUGGUAGUGCCAUCAUGGUGUACAGGCCUAUGGAAGGUGCAGUGAUCCAUGGAAUUUGCAAACUGCUGACAAUGAGACAGGCGAGUGUUACUGAGGCGACGGAGUCAUUCCUGCAUGUUAUUACGACACGGUUACACAAGGCAUCAGGUACUGCAAAUCUGCUAUGCCAGGAAGUGUGCCAGCUGAAUGCAUGCAAGGGUGCUGAUAUUUCGCAAGCAUGGCAACAAAUGCUGUCCGUCAUCGCAACAGCUAUUCCCGAAGUGAAAAUCAAUUGUGAAGAUUUGGAAGUUACAUCUGCAGUGCUAGCGAAUCUGAUAAGCUACCUGCAUGCCACGGCUGCCGCUGCUAUCAGGAAAGCGUCAAUAGCUACAUCCAAAGCUGUUGAAGCCAUCCCCGAACCGGUGAUUGACAAUUUGUCUCACCUUGCUGAAAAGUACCAUGGUGGUUGGUGCUUGGUGGCCGUGCGGCGAUGCCGUGACAAGCCUUCAGCCUUGUUUGGAGAAUUUUGGAGCCAUUCUCCAAACAUCUGA